AUGGCAAAACAAUUCCGAGCAAAACGGACCUAUACCUUGGGCAUCCCGCCAGAAAUUAUUGUACCAGUCAUUCUUCUCUUUACCCAAGUCCUCUCCUCCCUUAUUGUGAUACAGGUUAUAAUCCUCUUCCACAUACGCAAUGUCAUUGUGAGGAUCAUCAAAUGGGUCCAAGCGGGGUCGUUGCAUGUGUUGCGGCUCCCUUUAGUUAUUUUACUUGUCUUAAUUUGGUUCGCGUAUAUGAUUUCCAGUGGCAUUGAAGGAAUCAUGCGCAAGUCUGAGACCCAAAGCGUCGAUCAGCCGCUUGAGUUUGGGAUAGUCAUGAAUUUGUUUUGGAGCCAGCAUCCGAUCAGCCAUUCGAGGGGUUUGGUUCAGUUGAGGGUUCCUAGGAAUUUUGUUGUUAUAGAUUCCUUAAUCGAUGUAUCAGAAAUGAAAUCAGAAGUGGAACCACCGUUGGUGGAUGGUGUUAAAAAUGUCCCACCCGCAGCAAUUAGCCCAGUUGAAACCGCAGCUUCUAAAUGGAAAAUAAAGGGCAAGUUUGGAAAAAACCGGAAUCUGAGGCAUUCAGAUUCUCUGCAGCCUCCCGAGAUCCAGCAGCAUGGAGAAACCCCUGCCGAUCAAAGCUCACACCGUCGCUUCUCCUUCAUCAAGCAUUGGCACGAAUCACUGAGGAGAUCUCAUCGACACACAUCCGCUGGGAACCCGAGCGUCCCCGCUGCUAAUUCCAGUACAGCCAAAACUUUCGAUAGCGACCCUCAAAUAGGACAGGUGGAUGUAGAUGGAGAGAGGGACUCUUUCAUGAAUUCACUCCGACUUUCGGGAACAUCUUUGGAUGGUAAAGAGGUUACACCGGAAAACAGUGCCAGGUCAAAGCACGAAUUGCGUCUUGUAAAACAGAGAAAGCACAGUAUGGUGAAUGGGAAUAGUGCCAAGGCUUUUGUUAAGGUAGCUGGAGGAAACAGUUCUGAAUCCAUGGUGGAAGUGUUGAGUGCCGUCAGGGGAGCUGCUAAAUUUCAAAACUUUGGGAACCAGGGCUAA